GCUGCCAACAUUGAUAAACGCCCACCAUCUUUGGGCAGCUAAUAUUUGUGUAUUUGGGGAAGUUUUAUAUAUUCUUAUUGAAAUCAUCCCAAAAUGGGUGCGUCAUUUCUUCCCAUCACUGUUUUCACAGUAUUAUGGGGUGUGGUGGGUAUCGUGUGCCCGUUCUUUGCUCCCAAGGGCCCCAACAGAGGGAUCAUCCAGGUGGUGUUGAUGUUGACAGCAGCUACGUGCUGGUUAUUCUGGCUUUGUGCGUACAUGGCACAGAUGAAUCCAUUGAUUGGGCCCAGACUUAGCAACGAUACACUUAUUUGGAUUGCACGCACUUGGGGUCAACCGUAUACAGCAUAAGGAAAUCAACGUCAAAAUGUAAUUUAUUAAAUAUAAUUUGGCGAAUUAAAAGUAUAAUAAUAAUUUAAGGUUACAAAUAUCAGCUGUUUAUUGAUUUUUUUUUGCUCCAUUCCGAAUAGAAUUAAGUGUUUCUGUAGAUAACCGAAUAAAUAUUUAAAGUUGAA